AUGGGUGCCCUCAAGUACGUGGAAGAAAUCCAGAAGAAGAAGCAGUCCGAUGUGGUCCGCUUCCUUCUCCGUGUCCGUUGCUGGGAGCUCCGUCAGCUGAACGCUAUCCACCGUGCUUCCCGUCCUUCUCGCCCCGACAAGGCUCGUCGUCUCGGAUACAAGGCCAAGCAGGGUUAUGUUGUCUACCGUAUCCGUGUGAGACGCGGUGGCCGCAAGAGGCCCGCACCCAAGGGUGCCACCUACGGCAAGCCCACCAACCAGGGUAUCAACCAGCUCAAGUACCAGCGUGCGCUCCGUGCUACCGCUGAGGAGCGUGUUGGCCGCCGCUGCGCCAACUUGCGUGUCCUGAACUCCUACUGGAUCAACCAGGACUCUACCUACAAGUACUUCGAGGUUAUCCUUGUCGACCCCCAGCACAAGGCCAUCCGCCGUGAUGCCCGCAUCAACUGGAUCUGCAACGCUGUCCACAAGCACCGCGAGGCUCGUGGUCUUACCGCCACUGGCAAGAAGUCCCGUGGUAUCAACAAGGGCCACCGCUACAACAACACCAAGGCUGGCCGCCGCCACACCUGGAAGCUCCACAACACCCAGAGCUACUGGAGAUACCGUUAA